UUUCUGCUACCGCUGCCAAUUAUGUUGCUCAAAUGAAUAUGCUUCCAAUGCUUAAUGGGGAAAAUUUCAAGCUGUGGAAAGAGAAUGUAGAAAUUGUUCUCGGCUGCAUGGAUCUCGACAAUGCGCUAAGGACUGAGAAACCCACUUCCACUCAGGAAAAUCCAAACACGGAUAAAAUUGAGAAGUGGGAACGCUCAAAUCGCAUGUGUCUGAUGAUCAUGAAACGUUGCGUUCCGGAGGCGUUUAGGGGCUCGAUUGUUGAGACUACUGAUGCCAAGUUGUUUCUAAAGGAACUCGAGCAAUACUUUGCUCGAAAUGAAAAGGAUGAAAUUGGUCUAACCUUGUCCAAACUCAUAAACAUGAGGUAUAAAGGAAAGGGAAACAUAAGGGAGUGCAUUAUGGAAAUGUCUAAUCUUGCUGGAAAACUAAAGGCAUUAAAGUUACAGCUGCCAUCUGAGUUGCUCAUUUGA